CUUGCUGCAACUCAGGUUACUCAAAGUACCGGCACGAUGCUGACACUUCGGGGCGCUUCAGCCGUUCCCGCCACAGCCAAAGAGCAACAGGGGCGAAAGUCCCCUGUGGUGAGGACAAGGGCUACUCGACGGGAGGUUCUUGCGCUCGGCGCUCUUCUGCCAGGGCUUGACGCUGCGUCCUCACCACUCCAACGCGGCUGCACCGGCGCCACCUGUAUCGGCGUGGUGGAUGGCACGUUAGGAAGCUGCGCGGGGCUAGACACUUGCCUCUCCAGCUUCGACGACCGCCCGGGGCACUUUAUCGCACCGUGGACGUUCGACAACGGCAGCCGCCAUGAAGCCGUACAGCAGUUGGUGAAUGCCGUACGAGAGGCGGGCGGCGUCGUACAGGAGGUAACAGACGGCGACCGGUACGGCUACGUUUAUGCAACGUUCGAGGGCGGGCCAUUGCAGGGCGUGGACGAUGUUGAGCUCCUAUUGCCGGACGGCGAUACGACGGUGGUGCUGCGGUCCAGUGCUCGGAAGCAGGGCCUGCCAGACCUGGGUCGCAACGAGCGGAGGCUGGAGCAGCUGCGGCGCCGCUUGGGCUGGGAGCCGGUGCCCAUCCUGCGCAACCGCCGGCGCGCGCUGCUGUUUGUGGAGUCGCCCUGGGACAGCUUCGGGCCGGUGCCGCCCAUGGGGUCAGACUACGGCAGCAGCGACCUGGACACGGACCAGUAGGGCGGUACCGUGCCGCACUGCUGUACGGGUGUACGGAUGCACGGGUGUACGGAUGCACGGAUGCACGGGUAUACGGGUGCACGGGUGUACGGGUGUACGGUAGGCAUAUCCAUGUGGUGCCGGUCGAGCUGCUAUGGGCCGGAGAGCUGUGUGGGCCGGAGCCAGAAGCCGUGCGGAGCACCUGAGGGGACACCGCCGCGCGCAGGGAGGUAUUGGGCAGUAGGCCGGCCGUGGGUCCUGCGUCACUACUCACGAGCAGUGUUGGCGGCAGGCGCGGCCGCAUGAAGCGGUUGCUGGCUGGCAAGGGAGCUGGUGAACAGCUGGAUUCAAAUUAGGAACAAGACAUAGUUGCCCGGCCUCAUCAUGCCGCGGCAGCACGGUGAUUGAACAUGUAAGUCCUGCACGAA